AUGGUGUCUUUUGCAGCUACGGUUCGGCGUGUCGUCUGCCAUCACCCGAGUUGCCCGCAGAGCCGCAGUGUUGCCGGUGUGAGGCGUCUGCUCGGUGGCUUCAUACGAGUGGUUCAUCCUGACCUGUCGCCUGAUUUUCCGGCCGAGGCAAAACGAAUAAAUCAGCGAUCCCUGGCAGAGCUUAACGCUUACAUCGAUGCUUUGGAGUCUCGAGGGCGACGCCCUUUCGAGGAGGGGCCUGAGGUCUCCAGGGAACUGCCCUUCUUCCGCGCACUUCAGACUCGGCUGGGCCGGACGGUGCCACACCAUGUAGUGCCACUGCAUUUGGAAGUUCCAUCCCUCCCAGCUGCAGCCAGUGAGCUUGAUAAAGAGUUUGCGGCUGCUCACCUGAUCCGCGGUGCGGAGGUGGCUUUGCAAACUCCAAGUUCUCAGUUUUCAGACAGACCAGCGGUCGCACCUCUUUUCACGCAGAAAGGGGCUGGCAGGGCAGCCUUUGACAAACUAUGGUGGCAACAAACACAAGAAGAACUCGUGCGUGAGGCGAUUCAUGGCCCCAACGACAGGGAGGUGCGACUACACGUUGCUAAGCGUGUGUUCGCAUGCAAGUACGGUCACCAGCUCAUGAGGAAGUACUGGCGCAUCAAGGAUAAGCAGAAACGCAAGCGCCGCAUCGCUAAUGUGGAUGCGCUUGUCGAGGCCAAAGUUCAAGAGCGAUUCCCGGAGCCGGCAACACCCGCAGAGCUUCGGAUGCAGGCUGAUGACGAAGAAGCGAAGAAUCCCGUGCGGGUGCUUCAAGGGGGGUUCCAUCCGGACCUUGUCUUCGUGGAUCCCGAUCUGUCUGCAGAACAUCGGCGCGAGGCGAUCCGCCGGGUGUGUGGCAUGAACCUUGCCAGCGAUGCUGACUUCUGGCUUCUGGAGAAUCUGUGGAAGGCUAUGCGAGAUAAGCCGCCUCCAGUACCACUUGUCAUCGCCGAGUCGAAUUACAAGGCCCACCCAACAGGGUUCAUUCAAGUUCCCUGGGACUUCACCGUCGACGGCCUCUGCGACAUCUUGGAAGAGCAUCUCGAUGCAACUCGAGAAGGAGUAAUCGCUCGGCGACAGCGUGGGCAUGUUCCUCCUGUUCCUGAGCCUGAUGACUUUGGACCGCUUCUUUUGGAAGACUAUUCUGACAAAGAAGACGAGGAAAGUCAAAGCGACGAGGAGGACAUUGACCUUGCACAAGAUCAAGCGUUUGCUCAACGGGAAGAUCUUACAUUCCCCUACGCGGAUGUCAAGUCUCUCUCUGAUCCGCAAGUCCAAGGACAGGACGGGUCAGAGCCCCUGGCGCUUCAGUCGCUCGGCUCUCCUGGGAUCACGCUGGAGGCUGUGCACAUCGCCUCCGGCGAGUUGGAUGCUGCCGGAGACUCCGCAUUGCACCUGGCAGUGCUUGGGGGACAUCUGGUGUUCACGCGGGAGUUACUGGCUGCAUCGUGCGAGGUGCACGCCCGCGAUGGCCGUGGGCGAUCUCCUUUGCACGUGGCGGCCAUGGAGGGAAGCCCCGAGUUGGCUUUGGAGCUCCUGGCAGCCGGAGCCGAUGCCAAUGGCUUGGACGACUGGAACCAAACAGCUCUCCACUGGGCUUCAAUGGCACAUUCAGCAGACUUGGUUUCAGUCCUGCUGGAUGGUGGUGCCGAUCCACUGCUUCAAGAUAGUUUUGGCAGAACGGCUGCGUUCAUGGCUGCAGAGCAGGGCAAGAUGGAGCUUUUGGCCCGCUUACUCGACAAGGAACCCAGCUGUGCCACGAUCCCGAACAACGAGUACUGGAGCCCUCUGCAUGUGGCAGCUUUCGGCUUACAAAGCGUCAAGAACUUCACAAAGCCUCUGAAGUUUUUGGAGACCGUGAAGUUGCUGCUGGCCGCCAAGGCUGAAGUUGAUGCGAAGGAUGAGAAUUGCCGCACUGCCUUACACAGAGUUGCUCAAGCAGGAAACAGCGAGCCGCUUCAAGCACUGCUUGCAGCUGGUGCAAGCGUGUCCAGUGCAGAUGAAUGCAGAUGGACACCCAUGCACUAUGCAAGCCAGGAGGGUCACCUGCAGAUUGCAAAGCUCCUGCUAGAUGCGAAGGCAGAUGCAGAGCCCAAGAACCCAACAUGCUUGACACCACUGGCCAUUGCAACUGAAGGGAACCAGGUGAAGAUGGUUGAGUUUUUGCUCAAGCAUCGCGCAGAUCCGCAUGCCAGGGCAAAAGGCUUACAUUCGCCUCUGAUGAUGGCUCGGAGCGACCCGAAGAAGUAUGCUGAUAUACUUGCGCUCCUUGAGCUCGGCUUCAUCAACCACUAG